ACUAGCUGCAUGCACACCUGUUAAGUGUAUGAAAGUACACCACCAUACGGUUGUUCGUCAUAAGCCAACUCCACCUUUAACGUACAAGAUGAUAUAUCCCGUGCGUAUAGACCGGCUAGUGAUUCGAAGUGUUAUGUUGCAGGUGCUCGCAUCAGUAGCACUCGCAAUCGGCGCUGCUGAACUUGCCAGUAAACUGAAGAUCACCUUUGACCUCCACGAGGCCACUCAACCAUCCCGCACAUGUGCCAAUGCGGAUAGUGGACUGUGCUUCAUGGCGUCCAUAUUCAUCGAAUACUUUGGCGACGAUAACAUGACUGAGAAAGACUGGGCUAUUCACUUCAGCAACAUCCGCAUGCUCAUGAGCAACGACAAUGCCGAGUUCAACAUCACACAUACCACAGGCGAUCACCACAUCAUCACACCUACGGACGCGUUUGAAGGGUUUAGUGUGUUGAGAGAGAAGCACGAGUUGGUUAAUGAGUGGGAGUACUGGAUGCUAUUCCAAACUGAUGUGAUGCCCAAGUGGUAUGUGGUGGACCGCACCGGUGCAGCUGCAGUGAUCAAUAACACCAACACAGAAACUCUCGGAUUCUAUUCAACACUGUUUGGCGACAAUGUGAAUGGCUACGACCAGUUAACGAAGGACACCGACGGCAUGCGAUACAUUACCAACGAAGCACAGAGAUUGAAUGCGACUCAGCUCAGUGAUGUGCGUAUCAUACCCAAACCCCUAAACACAACACGUGGAAGCGGCCAGAUUGACGUCAAUCUGGGCUUCAAUCUGCUGGACACGACUCUGCCUGAGCCUAUGCGCGAGGCUAUCACGCUUGCCUUUGACAAACUCGGCACAUCUCGUGCUAUACAAGGCCACGAGGUGAGCGUGACUGUGGAUCCCGACGGGGUAUCAUCACAUGCAGCCCAUGAGGAAGGCUACGAGAUGAUACUUUCCAGGAAUGGAUCAUUCAUUCGAGGAUAUGAUGUUGCUGGUGCGUUCUACGGCGUUAUGUCGCUGAUAGGUCUCAUCCGUCUGCCUGAAACGACUAUACCCGAAGUGGCUAUCAUCGAUGCCCCGCGUUUUGCGACCAGAGGAGCCUUCUGUGAUGUCGCACGCAAUUUCCAUAGCAAGGCGGCUGUGCUGCGACUGCUGGAUGUGAUGGCUGCCUACAAGUUGAACCAUUUUCACAUUCACUUGAGUGACGAUGAAGGAUUCCGGUUGGCAAUACCGGCACUACCGGAGUUGACUAGCAUCGGGUCCAAGCGGUGCUACGAUCCAUUGGAAACCAAUUGUCUGACCACGCAGCUGGGGGCAGGGCCAUAUAAUAGUCAUACACGUCAGUACUACACGGUAACUGAGUACGUGGACAUCUUGAGAUACGCCGCCGCACGCAACAUUGAGGUCAUCACAGAGAUCGACAUGCCUGGACACUCACGUGCGGCGGUAGUAUCGAUGUCUGACAAUGACGAAUACCGUCUGCACGACCCCAACGACACAUCAAUACUGCGCACAGUUCAGUUCUAUGGUCGGGAGAGCCUGCUCAACCCGUGCGUGCCUGGCAGUAGAAAAUGGACCCAGGUUGUGGUGGCUGCGGUGAAGGAUAUGUACACACAGGCUGGAUUGGAGAUGCACACGUGGCACUAUGGGGGUGACGAGGUGAUCAAUAUUUACAACCGCCCUGGCUAUACGAAUGUCAGUGAUGCGCUGAAGGAUAGCCCCUUUGAGAAGUCGCCUGCGUGUAAGAAGCGCAUAGAACAGCGAAACAUAUCACUUAACGAUAUCACUCACGUGUGGGGCCACGAUGUGUCUGAACUGCUGAGAGAUGAGGAUGUGACCAACAUGCAGGCUUGGUCUGAUGGCUUUAAGGGGCGCGCACACGAUGAGUACUCCACCUAUAGGACCACGGUCAAUUUGUGGGAAACCGUGUUCUGGGGUGCUGAUGCAAGUGCCUCCGAAUUCAAUCAUCUGGGUCACGAUGUGUUGCUGAGCUGUCCGGAUUUCACCUAUUUUGAUAUGCCGUAUGAGAGGAAUCCGAAGGAACGGGGCUACUAUUGGGCCUCUAGAUCUUCCAAUACGCGCAAGGUGUUUGGAAUUGCACCGGAAAAUCUCCCGCAAACCGCUGAGUAUACACCACAAGUCUCUGGGGAAGCAUACACGGUGAAGUCGAGCGAUCAUAUGCCAGAUAUCAAGGGUAUCACAGCGGGUGUUUGGAGUGAAACCGUGCGGACAGACGAUCAAUUUGAGCACAUGAUGUUUCCUCGUUUAUUGGCCAUUGCAGAACGGGCGUGGCACAGGGCCGAGUGGGAGCUGGAGUACGUACCGCUGCAGGUGUACGGCAACGGCACAGCAUAUGUCGACCAGGCAGCACUGCAGGUUGACACCGAAGACUUCAUGGAGGUUUUAGGUAGUCGAGAGAUGGACAAACUUGCUGCAAUGGGCAUACACUUUCGCGUGGCUCCUCCAGGUAUCAAGUACACAGGCAGAGUUCUGUCAGCCAACCACGACACCCCCUCAGCAAGCAUCGAGGUGGACCUUGGUACUGGUUACCUCGAGUACACACGUCCCUUGCCUUUAACAGACUCCAGCGCAGUGAUCAAAGCACGUGCCGUGCAUGCGGGAGAGUAUUCGCGAGUCAUUGUGCUGGAUGUGGGCGAGUGCGAGUGUGCGACACUGAUAGCCUGUCGGCUCAAUGCCACAUCGUUUGAGAACACCUUCAGCUGUGAUUGAGGGGAACAGCCAAGCUCAGGCACAUAUUGAGGGCACCGAGUGAAUAUUAGAGGUAUCUGCAAUUCUACAUACCACGAGACUACUUGUUGAUGGAUGUCCAAGUCUUAAAUGUACACGAUGGGGCUAUACUGUUUAUUGUCAAUCGUUUCUUGACUGAAAGCUACAAAUAUUACCAGUGACAUACUUGCACACAUAUCUGAAUGCGUCCUAGACUUGUGCAUUUUGCUCUGGUCAAUGCACAUAUGCUCACAAAAGUGUACGUGUACAUUUGCAUGGUCAUGUACAUAUUCAUGCUUCAGUAGUCCCGUACAUGUCUCGAAGGGUGCACACGCGCAGAGUGUAUACUGCCGGACGCAAAUUACUCGGCACUGAAGGUCUGAAGCGCUGCGAUGUGAACAUAGAAUCUCCGGGAGUAUGCCGGAGAUAGACUGCACAUGGACAGUUCACGCGCGUUCUGAUGUAGAAAGUAGUUCCCGAAUGCACUACUCAGCCUUUCCACCAUACACAAGACACGCAGCUGAGCGUGUAUGAUACGUACAUUAUUAUAGCCAGGAAUGAACAUCAAAGUGCCUGUGACACGAACUCAAUUAGAUUACUUUCGAAGUGAAGCUAUAUAAAAAUCGACGUUAAGACCAA